AUGAAGGAUUUAUUAGGGAACUCCAAUGGUCGUGCAUGUUUGGAAUACGAAGAGCUGGAGGUAAGUCUUAUCGAGACUGAGAGCGUGGUGAAUGCAUGGCCUCUCCCCUACAUGGCAGAAGGGAGCGACGACCCGCUCACCAUCACCCCGAAUCAGUUUCUCAACAAUAGGCGUUCGAACUGCACUCCGUUGGAACCAGCAGUAAACCUCAUGGCUCCCGACGCAACAAACGUGAAACUACUGGAAAUGGAUCGUCAACGUAGAGAGUAUGUAAGCGGCAUCUGCGGUCAAUUCGUCACUGUAUACCUACUCCAAAUAGACAAGUUUCAUUGUAAGGGAGGACCCGGUCGAAAGAUCCGGGUAGGAGAAGUUGUCAUCAUUCACGAUGACAACACCAAGCGCGUUAUGUGGACGAUAGAAGUAGUGAAGGAGCUAAUCACUAGCAGAGACGGGUUGAUCCGUUCGGUAAUCGUCAAGACGCCGAACGGGAACCUUAUCAACUGCGCUAUUCAAUCGUUACACCCCUUAGAGCUACGUGAGGAUCAGCUGGACGACGUCGUAGUUCCACCUACGCCGGAGCUGGAAUUGAAACCAGAAAACCAACUCAACCCGUGUCCGCUGCAGAUCCAGUCGAGCAGGGAGAGCCCUGGACCACGGGUUCUGGUGGGGAGUGUGUUGGGAAUACACCGUAUUCCCAACAUCCGACGACGCGAGCUGGACGACGGACGUGACUUCCACAACGAUUUCUAG